AUGCAAUGGAGUUUUCACUCAAAUUUGUGCGAUACAAGACAAAUAUGUGCGUUUUUUGGGACUCGUGAUUUACGCGACCGCGAGAACAUUAUCGGUUACGGCGGUGCGAAAAUAGAAACAUUAGGUGCCGUGAAGGCCCAAAUUAAGAUCGACGAGGUUAAGGCCAUGACCAAAAUUUAUGUCGUUCCAGCUGAGUAUCAACGAAUUCCGAUAUUAAUUGGGCAUCCAUUUACUGAGCAAGAACAUGUUAAGACAGUCCUAUGGGCGCAAGAAGCGUCCGUUAUUCCGAAUAAUUUCUUAGGUCAUAUUAUGGUGAGAGGUGACCUUACAAGUGCCGAAUUAUGCAUCGAGAGUGAAUUAAAAGAUUUAGGAGGAAUCAUCCCGAGAUGUGUGGUCAAGACAGACGACAAUGGCGAAGCUGUGGUACCUGUCUUAAAUAUAAGCGGAAAACCUGUGAACAUUGGUAAAGAUAAAGGAAUUGUACGUGGUGAGUGUUGCGUAGAAGGUAACCAACGGCGAGAGGUAAAUCAAGAACCGGUGGUUGAAGCAGAAGUAAAUACUGAGGUAACUGGCGAUGAUAAAUACCAGUUAAUGUCUUUAUUGAACGAAUAUAAAGAUUUAGUGGCCAGAAAUAUGAAACAGUUGGGAUGUACAACGCUGGUUGAGAUGGAUAUCCAGCUUGAAGACGAUCAACCCACCUACUAUCGACCGUACCGAAUGGCGUACAGCGAGAGAAGAAAGGUUCAGGAAAUAGUGGAAGAACUCAAGGAUGCGGGAAUAGUAGAAGACUCUUUUUCAUCAUUCGCGAGCCCUGUGUUAUUAGUGAAGAAGAAAAGUGGUGACGUGAGAUUGUGCGUGGAUUAUCGUUCUUUAAAUAAAAAGUUGAGACAAAAAAAUGAAUGGAAAGCAGUCGGCAAGGCAGCUAGAAAAUAA